GUAUGCUUCUGCGUAGUGCAGACGAAGAGCUUACCGUUCCUGCUCCAAGAGCUGCAAGCUUGAAGCAUCCAUGGAGGAAGUCGAUGAGAAACAAUGUAUCAGAAUUUUGCCUCACAAGCUCGUUCUACAGAAAAAGGAGCCGGCUCUUCAAUGGCUCAUCGGAUCGCCGUUUCUGUCGCCUCUGACUAUUGUUUCCACUCUCAGAUGCAUCCAUCAUUCGUCUCCACCCGAAUCUGUCUCGCCUGAUUUCACCAAGGAAGCAGAAGAGCUGCGGACGUUAUUGCUGAAAGGUUUUUCUAUUGUUGGAGCAUUGGUUGUUGGAAAUUUCAACGUCGAUGAACAUGCGAGCCAGGCAAUUGAUGCGGCGCGGAAAUUGAAUCAGAUUCUAUCUCAUGGUGAAAAAACAGAGAAGCAAUUAUUGAUUGGAGCGGUUGCUGAUAUCAAUUCUGUAGAUAUUCACUUUUUUGUCUCCCGGUCUGAAAAUGACACGAGCUUGGAUUCUGUUUCUUCUGUUAUGUAUGAAAAUAAUCCCGAAAAAUAUAUUUGGGAGCGAGGCUGUUUGCUCCGGUGCGAACUGCCGAUCAGUGUGCCGCUAUAUAUUCCUCUUGACAGUCCAUCAGAUGUUGAAAAGACGUACGAACAGGCCACAGAAUCUGUUAUUUCCAAGUUGAGAGACCCAGAGGUGGUGUAUGUAGUGGAACAAGUAAACAAAAAUACCUCAGAAGAUCCUUGUCCUGUCAUUCUACGUGGUUCGCUAAUGGAUUUCCAAAUUAAUCUCUCAAAGUUUAGGCAUUUGAAUGAUGCCAGCCAAAAUGCUGAUAGAAUGUCUUUACCGUGUGCAAACUUCUGUUUAAAAAGUAAAACUGAGUGUUCAACGUUUCCUUUACAGAAUGCAGAUAUAAUCCAAGUAAGUGUUCUUCUAAAUAGCUCGGCAAAGUCUGAAAAAUCUAGUGCACCAGUUGUAGAGUACUUUCCAGCUACAGACAAGACCAGGCUUUUGGUUGUCAACUUGAAGGCAGAAGUUCUCUGUUAUGCUGCCAAAUUUCUUCCAUUAACUUAUGCUGUUUCAAUGUUGAUCAUUCCGGGUCUAGUUGACCAGUUAAACUUGAUUAAGAAUGCAAUAUUACCCAACCUUUCAAAGCAACUGCCCCAGCUAGUGCCAUAUCAUUUUUGCCCUCCUGGAUUUUUGCAUCCAAUAACUGCUAUCUAUGAACUCACUUAUGGGGAGACUGAAAUGAAGCAAGUGGAACUAAGAAAAGCCCUACACUUAAGAUUAGGGUUACCUUUUGAUCGUCCUGUGCUAAGAAUUGCUAGUGCAUUGGAUUUCUCUGGUAGGAAGGACAACUUGCCACAAAAGGGUUCCUUUUUGCUCAAAGAUGUUCAUAUUGGAAUUCCAAGCAGCGGUGUUUCAGGUGGCCACAUGUCUCUGGUUCAGGGGUCAUAUGUGUACCAUCAUUAUCUUCAAGAAGGUUUCAAUGACUCGGGCUGGGGUUGUGCUUACCGGUCUUUGCAAACUAUCAUUUCAUGGUUCAGACUCCAACAUUAUACAUCCAUAGAUGUUCCUUCACAUAGGGAAAUACAAGAAGCACUAGUGGAGAUCGGUGACAAGGAUGAUUCAUUUAUUGGGUCACGUGAAUGGAUUGGUGCCAUCGAAUUGAGCUUUGUUUUAGACAAAUUGCUCGGUGUGAGUUGCAAAAUCAUAAAUGUCAGAUCUGGGGCUGAACUUCCUGAAAAAUGUAGAGAAUUGGCAGCACACUUCGAGAGUCAAGGAACUCCUAUAAUGAUUGGAGGUGGUGUUCUUGCAUACACUCUGUUGGGAGUUGAUUACAAUGAAGCAAGUGGAGAUUGUGGUUUUUUAAUAUUGGAUCCUCAUUAUACUGGAAGUGAUGAAGUGAAGAAAAUUGUGAGUGGUGGUUGGUGUGGAUGGAAAAAAGCCGUUGAUAGCAAAGGGAAAAAUUUCUUCUUACAUGAUAAGUUUUAUAACCUUCUCCUUCCACAGAGGCCAAAUAUGGUUUAAUCUGUAUGUUUCUUUUUUUUUUUUUUUUUAAUAUAACGUCUUAGAACAGAGGAGCAAUAGAUCUUGUUUGUUGUAUUUAAUACGUGAUCUUAUCCAUUUCCUAAGGAUCUCAGGACAUAUUGACAUCAAAAUAUAAUAAGCAUCUGAAAAUCGAAUUGUCAGGCCUAAUUUAAAAGAAAAACAAGUUGCGAAAUAACACUUCUAUUAGCUUGUGCAGACA